GUUUUAUAUACAAUGUUCAGAGUUUCCUCAGUACUAGUGCGUGCGGAAAUCGAGUUGCAGACCGACCAGGUGACCGGGGUAGACGAUCCUGAGCAGGAGUUGGCGUUGAUCACCGCACGGGCCGAGGAAAAUGACAGCAUUUCGAUGGAUAGAGAGAACGAUUAUUGCAACAUGAAGGGCGAGCUGUUGCACCUCCAGUCAUCAGCACGCAGGUCGGAAAAUGCUGAACAACCUACCACCAGUUCUCAGGAGUCGAUCAGUUCAUCAGCGAGUUUGGCACGGGUGAAGCUACCGGAGAUUCGCCUACCAACCUUUGAUGGGAAAAUCGAAGCUUGGAUAACUUUCCGUGAUUCAUUCGACAGUCUAAUCAAUUCGAACAACCAACUGACGGUAAUGGACAAGUUCACCUACCUACGCUCCGCUCUUACAGGAGAAGCUCUUCAGGAGGUGAACUCGGUUGAGUUAACGGCAGCCAACUACGAAGUAGCAUGGGCUGCCCUGAAAAAUCGGUACGAAAAUCGCAAGUUAAUCGCCAAAACCUACCUCGAUGCGAUUUUCAGUGUCGAAGUAAUGCGCAAAGAGAGCUACGAAAGUUUGAGCAAACUUAUAGGCGAUUUUGAGAAAAACAUCAAGAUGUUGGAAAAAGUGGGUGAAACUUCCGAAGGCUGGAGCACUUUGCUAGUGUACAUGGUCUGUGCUCGAUUGGAUCCGUCAACGUUGCGGCACUGGGAAACGCAUCACAACUCACGAGAAGUUCCCAGGUUCCAGGAGUUGUUACGCUUUUUGAGAGACCACUGUUCUGUUUUGCAAACCCUUGCGCAUCAAGACACUGCUACGGAUUCCCAGGUCAAACGGUCCAGGUUCGGAGUGAGCUACACCGGUGCUCAAUUUUCUACGAGUUGUCCAUUUUGUGGAAAUGAAUUCCAUUCUGCUUUCCGGUGCGUGAAGUUUUUAAAGUGUACAGUCGAAGAACGUGCCGAUUCAGUGAGGAGGGCUCGACUGUGCCUGAAUUGUUUGUCACCCGGUCACAUGGCUCGCGUCUGCAGCAGAGGCUCAUGUCAUCACUGCGGAUCGCGCCAUCAUUCAUUGCUGCAUCCAGACCCUCAAUCCUCCGUCUCGCAAACCCGUAGGAAUUCGCCGCCGUCCGUACGUCAAGCUCCGCAAUCCCCUCCACCAUCUCCGUCAUCCCAACCGAUCCCUUCUACGAGCCCACUUUCCAGACCACAAACCUCCUCAUCGUUCACAGUUACACACAUGCCAGACUACUCUACAGACUUCUCUGACAACAACCAACACACAAUUGGACAUCCCACACAAACGCACACAUCAUCACACCAUGUUCUGCUGUCGACGGCCAUUAGUUUCAAAAAAAUCAAAACCCUGGACAUCCACGGCAAUCAGUUGGUCAGCCUGAAGAAGGGCCAAUUCAAGGGCCUCCGGGAGGCGGAAAUCCUGGAUCUCAGCUUUAAUAACAUCACCAAGCUGGACGCUUCGCACGUAUCGGACCUCACGAAGAUGACCUGGAUCAAUGUGUCGCAUAAUGCACUGACCGAAAUUACGCGAGGAACGUUUGCCAGAAAUGCGGUGCUGCGGGUGCUGAAUAUGGCGUUUAACAGUAUAAAAAAGAUUGACGCCAAUACGUUCCGAGGGAUGCGAUUUUUGAGAAGGUUGUAUUUGAAUGAUAAUAUGAUCAGUGAUGUUGGUCGGGGGACUUUUGGUUCGGUUACGAGGAUCGGGACGAUCGAUUUGGCCAGGAACAGGAUAAAGAAGGUUGACUACCAGAUGUUCUUCCAGUUGAAUUAUGCAGAGAUCAUCAACUUGGCAGAAAACGAAAUUAUAGAGAUUCAGAAGGACGCCUUCAAGGACCUGUACUUAACGCAUAUCAACAUCUCGUAUAACAGAUUGGAAACGAUAGAGCCCAAGUCCUUCAUAAAUUGUGCCAAUAUGACGGUACUGGAUCUGUCGCAUAAUUUGAUCAAGAGUAUUCCUCGGACUGCGUUUGACGAAACAACAUAUGCCUCCGAAUGGAUUUUGACCCACAAUCUUCUGACGAAUAUGUCACAAAUUCCGUUAGCGAACAUGACUGGAUUACGAGUUUUGAACGUUUCGUUCAACAACAUCGUUGAAAUCCCCAAAAACACGUUCCCGAAAUUGUACGAACUGCACACGAUAGACAUGUCAAACAAUAAUAUCUCAUUCAUCUACAAUGCAGUUUUCCAAAACUUACUUUCAAUGAGGAAUCUGAAUCUCAGUUACAAUGCCUUGGAAAAGAUUGGACCGUCUAUGUUUGGAACUUUGCCAACGUUAUUGGAUCUCGACAUGAGCCACAACUCGUUGAAAGACAUCACUCGAGGAGCACUGGCCAAAAUAAGUGGAGUAAGGUUCCUGAACAUGGCCUACAACAAGCUGGAGAGGAUUUUCCAGAUCCCAAUAUCACUGAACCGACUCGAUCUGGCUCAUAACGAAAUUAACGAGAUCCCCGACAAAACUUGGCCUACGAUGAACGCCCUGCUAUACCUAGAUCUAAGUUUCAACAAACUUCAGAACAAUCUACCGCGAGGAAGUUUUGCAGGGCUACUCACUCUGCAAACUCUCAACCUGGAAUCCAACGGAAUCACCGAAAUCCCACGGGACAGUUUAUCAGAUCUUGGGACGGUGCAGUACCUGCAUUUGAGAGACAACAACAUAACCGUCCUCCCGAAGGCUGCCUUCGGUAAUCUACCAAUUCUCUUCCAAGUGGAACUCAUGAACAACGGACUCACCAAUGUCAGUGAAAAAGCCUUCGAAGGACUACUUCAAUUGUUAACGCUCAACAUGUCCGACAAUGCCAUCAGUCACAUUCCCAAUGAUGCGUUCUACGGGCUGGUGUCCCUAAGAAAGCUUGAUAUAUCACGCAACCUAAUUACUUCCAUAGACAACAAAACAAACGGAUUGCUGGACGCUUGUCUAAGUCUCGAAGAAAUCGACCUAAGCCACAACCGGUUCAGUUUCGUAACGAAGAAAACCUUCCCCUCAGACCCGUACGUGCCCUACCGGUUGCGGAAAAUCAACCUCAGCUACAACACCAUGUCCAUCAUAACCAACGAUCUUAAAGUGGGAACCAAAACCGUACAGCACCUGAACAUGUCCCACAAUAACAUCAAGGAAAUCCGUCGCGGGGUUCUGGGAAACCUAACCUCUCUGUUAACCUUGGACCUUUCGCACAACGAGUUGGUCAAGCUGGAGGGCGAUGUUUUUCGGAUGGCAGAGAACUUUUCGGAGUUGAUCGUGCACCAUAAUCGUAUCUGGAAUGCUUCGUAUGAGAAUCUGUUGCGAUUGAGCAAUUUAACACUGCUGGAUCUGCGAGAAAAUGAGAUCAGGAAUUUCGACAAUGAGUUGGUCGUUAAAAUGAAGUCGACUAACUUGAGCGUACUGUUUGAAGGAAACCCUCUGCAGUGCGACUGCUACAGCCGGCCGUUAUACAAUUACCUCCGGACGCUUCCCUCGAUCCGGCCCGAAUACGAAGCGAUACGCUGUGCGGAACCCUCGACAACGGCCGGCAUGCCGCUGAUAGGCGUCAGCGACGAGCUGCUUUCGUGCGUGCCGGCUUCCGAUUUGGAAAUCUACCAGCUGCUGCCGGAUUUACGGUUCCGGGAGGUCUCCUAUUUCCGUGGAAAACUGAUCGUGCAUUGGUUCGUGAGCUCGACGAAGGACAUUGCCGACUUCUACGUGUACAUCCGGGAUCGGCAGAACAACAUCGUCUUCGAGCGGGUCGUUUCGUACAGUAGUCGACUGACGGCCAUUGCCGGGGAAGAAAUCGCCGGUUCCGGUUCCGGUUCGUCGUUGGAGCUGUGCGUGCUGGCCAAGAGCAGCAGCGAGGAGCUGAACUUCCUCGAGAGCCAAUGCGUACAGCUGCCGGACGAUCUGGAAGCUGUCAAGCGGAAGUACAACGAAAACUACAACUACAAACUGCCGUUGAGUUUAACCGGCAGUCGAGGAGGCGCGGGACGUUCCAGUAGCUGUGAUAUUGAUGUAAAUAGCUUAGUAGUCGUGCUAGUUAGUUUCCUAAGUGCUGUGUUCAACUUGAUUCGGUAGCGCUCUCGACUCGGGAGCUCUCCCUAGCGUAUGUACAUUUUUAUAAUUUUUUGUAGAAAAAUUCAAAAUUAAAUAGGUAUUUAUUA